AUGAUGAUAGAGUCCAGUAUCAACAGCGCAACAAUCUUACCACCCUACGAAGAAGAAUUCGAACCAGUUGAUAAUCUUCAUUGGUACAGUAAACAGCAUUUAUUUGUUUUGGAUACACCAGCUUCAAGCAUCGAAUGCGAUUUCAAAAUCAAAGACGCCACUCAGAAUCAAGUUCCACAAACUAAUACAACGUUAGAAAACAAUUUCUUUCCAUCUUUAUUUAGCGAGAUGGUUUUGGAAGCUGGUUCAAAUCCGAUAGAAACCAUCAAACACCCUGGGGAAUUCGACCACAAUGUUGAAAACAGUUUUAUAUCCUAA